CCAUGAUACGCCACUCUCAGAUACUUAAACGCGUUAUUUCUUCUUCUCUGCUCUUAACUCGAUCACAAUGUGCGAUACCAACAUCAACAUCUUUUCACCGUCCUCAUAAGCUCCACUCUGGUUUCCCUACACGGUCGAGCUCCACAAUGGCUAGUGACCGCAUCGAGUACAAUUGGAUCGAGGACGUGGAAACCCUUGAGUUUUAUCAGCCUGGGGGCUAUCACCCGGUUAUGAUAGGUGAUACACUGCACAACCGAUACCUCGUUGUAGAUAAGCUAGGUUCUGGGGGCUACUCGACCGUCUGGCUUGCACAUGAUACUUCUCUCAAGCAUUAUGUCACGCUAAAAGUCAACAUCGCGGACGCGCUUCCAAACGAGGCAAAGGUACUCAAGGCUCUUUCUACCUCCCUUUUAUCCUCUUCGCCCGUACACCUUGGACGCGACUUGGUCCCGGCCAUACUGGAUGAAUUCGAGGUGCAGGACCUCAGAGAAAUAUCCUUCAGCCGGCUUUUUCCCAUUGACGUUGCUCGAGCGUUAUGUUAUGGACUUGUGCAGGCUGUUGCAUACACACAUUCGCAAGGCCAUGUACACGGAGAUAUUCACCUGGGAAACAUUAUGAUCAAGCUCUCGUCCAGAUUUAACGACCUGUCCGUCAAAGAAUGUUACGGGAAAUAUGGCGAGCCUGAGACAGUCCCUAUUACGCGAUGUGAUGGAAAGCCUCUCACUCCCAAUGUCCCAACUCACGCGGUUCUGCCUCUAUUCCUAGGGAAAUAUGCUGAAACGUUUACUUUGGCAGACGUGCGUCUACUUCUCGGCGACUUUGGUGAAGCCUUUGCCCCAAACUCGGAAGUUCGACUUGGGGAAGACUGCCAUGCGCCUCCGGCCUUUCGAGCUCCAGAAACCUACCUGGAAUCCAAAACCCCGCUCACGUACUCCUCAGACAUUUGGAGCCUGGCUACCGCGAUCUGGGAGAUCGUUGGAAUGAAACCCAUCUUCAGUAACGAGUUCAUACCCCAUGCCCAAAUUGUGGCCCAACAUGUUGAUGUCCUAGGACAAAUGCCUGGGGAAUGCAAAUACUUCGACGAAGACGGGGGCCCGACGGAUUCCUACCGGGCCAAAAAAUGGCCUCCGCUUGAGGAGUCAUUCGAAAUUGAUAUACAGAAGUGGAGGCGUAAAUGGAGAGGCGAGAUUAAGAAGGAUGAGAAAAAGGCGUUUUUGGAUUUGAUUCGCAGGAUGUUGAUGUUUCGUCCGGAAGACCGACUAACGGCUGAAGAUGUGCUUCAGUCGGAGUGGAGGGUAAAGUGGGCGUUUCCGGAAUAUAAACGGAGCUUGGAUACGUCGGUUUGAU